AGCAAUAAAAAAACACACAAAGAGACAAUAAUCUAAAAGCUAUUCAAUUCAAUGCGCGUUACGCUUCCCAGUGGUAUUGUUCGUUGCUUGGCCACCUAUCUCUGCCUUUUCUUUCGCCUCGCGCCUCUUUUGCUCUUAAUCCUAUCUUCGCCUUCAGACCCCCAACGUGUUCGACGAAAUGCCUGAGCCAUGCUCUCCCUCACUACCUCUUCAAAUCACCUCGUCAUCUUGCACUGCUCGCUCCCACGUUUGAGCCCUCGCUCUCACGCCCUCCCCUCCAUUCUCUUCGUUACUGAUUCGAGAAGAAGAAGAAGAACGAAAAGAAUACAGAAACUGUUUGUGCCUUUGAGUUUUGGCACGGUGAAGGAGAGCUGCGGUUCUGAGUUACGGUUUUCCCAGGUUUUGUGCAGUGGUGGUGGACCUGGUAGUUGUUCUGGGUUCGCGAGGAGGUGUUUGAACUGGGAUAGCGAGGGGGAUUUUGAUUUGGAGGCGGAUAUUUUGGAGUUCAUGAAGGAAUCGAGGAACCCAGGAGCGUUUCCCGGCAAGAAAGAGCUGGUUGAAGCUGGGAGGAUGGACUUGGUGGAGGCUAUUAAGAACAGAGGUGGUUGGCUCUCGCUGGGCUGGGAUUUGAGUGACGAGGAGGAGGAAGAAGAGAUGGUCCAAGAGAAUGUUGCCGCUAGGGUUUCGAAUUCUUCCUCAGCGGACAACGAAUUUGGUAGUGUUUUUGAUUCGUUGGGCGAUGGAAUUCGGAGCUCUGGGAUGGUUUCUUGUUUUUCAGGAAAUUCUUCUCAGUCAGCCUCGUCGUCUGGUAGAUCACUGGAAACGGCAACAGAGGAUGAGUCUGGGAUUGAGGGUAUAUUGAAUCGAUUGGAGAAACAAAGAAAUUUGACUUUUGGGGUUGGAUCGAAAGAGAAAGGAAAUGACUCUCAGUUUCCAAUUAAUCGUGGUAAAGAUGACUGGCAACCUGGAACCUUGCUAGAUACGGCAGUCGCUAGACUGGAGAGAAGCGGUAAAAUGGCUUCUUUAGGUUCCAGUAAUCACAAUUACAAUGAUUUUGGGGGCAAGCUUGGCCAGAACAGAUCUUUCUUUGAUGUUGAUGGUUUUAGAAACUCAAGGAAGCCAGACAUGUGGAGAACUUGGAGCAUUCAGAGGGCUGGCUUUUCUGAUGCCAAUUUUGAAGCUGCUGAAAUUGCUCCCCUUGAAACUAGAACUGGAGGCGAGAUACUUGAAAUAAGAGAGGUUCCUAGUGAACCUUCAAACACAGGGAAAGAAUUGAGCCCUUGUCACAAAGACAUUAACCACAAUGAAAUACGAAGUCGCCUUCAGCACCUGGAGUUACAGCUUUCCUCUGUACUUCACACCUUGAGGUUGAAUGCUGAUGAAGCUAUGUCACAGAAGGAUCGUGAAAGCUCCUCUGAGGAGUUGCGGAAGCUUUCUGAUGCUUGGGAGUUCCAGGAAAAUGAGAUCAUGAAUGCUCAGGACAGAUUACGGUCAAUACGUGCAAAGUUAACAGUAAUAGAGGGAAAGAUGACCCUGGCAAUAAUUGAUGCUCAGAAGAUGGUGGAGGUGAAACAGAAGAGAAUUGAUGAUGCUCGUAGAGCUUUACGACUUCUUCGUACUACUUGGAUAGUUUGGCCCAAUUCAGCCUCAGAGGUGCUCUUAACUGGUUCAUUUGAUGGUUGGGCUACCCAGAGGAAGAUGGAGGAGUCAAGUUCGGGUGUAUUUUCUUUGUGCCUGAAGUUGUACCCGGGCAGAUAUGAGAUCAAAUUUAUAGUCGAUGGUGAAUGGAGAGUUGAUCCCUUACGUCCUGUCGUCAAUGACAACGGAUAUGAGAAUAAUCUGCUAAUUAUCACAUGAAGCUACGCCAGAAGCCAGAAGCAUGCAGCAGUAGUGGUACUUGUAGCUGGGCCUUUUCUUUUCUUUCUUUACCUCUUUGUAAACAGAGACUGGGUAGCUCAUGAUUCUUUUAUCAGAGGAUUAGUAUAUGCAACUCUGUUAGAUUUUUUUUUUUUUUCAAAUGGGUGGUUGUUUUGCCGAUGUUUACUGAUGUGUAAGACACCUGUGUGUAACACCAAGUGAUCUAAUUCAAUCAUAUAACUUGUUGAAA